AGGACACUGAGAACCAAGAAGAUGAAGGUCCAACUUUUGUGUUUGGUCGUUGCCUUUGUAGCUGUUGCUAAUGGCAGAGCCCCUGUGCUUAUGUCAUCCCGCAGUAGGGACGUAGCCGGAGAUGGAAGGACGUUCAUUGUGAAAGUGAAAGACAAUGCCGACGUGAACCGUGUCAUCAUGAGAGGACGCGUGGUACUGAACAGACUGAUGGCCGCAGGCGAGGAGCCCUCCGACGCCGACGUCGGCAGCAGGAAGAUGGAAAUCGGGAACGCCAAGUUCUUCACCAUCCACGCUAACUCCAGGCUCUUGGAGUCUCUGCAAGAUGAUGACGACAUUGAGUUUAUUGAACAGGACACAUUGUUGUACGCUUCCCGAGUGGCUACUAACCUAUGGGGUUUAGACAGAAUCGACCAGGUGGAAAGCAAUCGCGACGGAUAUUUUGAUGUAAAUGCUGAUGGAUCGGGAGUUGACGCUUUUAUCCUCGACACCGGAAUCGACGUCAAUCACCGGGACUUCAGCGGCGGUAGAGCUGUAGACUUCAAGACACUUUACCCUCAGUUCAGUGAACCCCAGGGGACCAGUUCUAGGGAUGGGAAUGGACACGGAACACACGUAGCUAGUACUGUUGGUGGAAACACCAUGGGCGUGGCCAGAGGUGUCAAUCUGAUCGCCGUCAAAGUGCUCUCUGAUCAAGGAAGUGGAAGUACCACGGGAAUCAUUGGAGCUCUAGAGGAUGUGGCAGCUUAUGCAAGGACUUCUGGACGCAAAGGAGUCAUCAACAUGUCACUUGGUGGCACUGGAAGCAGUAUCAACUCCGCAGCAAAUGCAGCAGUACAAGCGGGCGUGACUGUUGUUGCAGCGGCCGGAAACUCCAACGAUGAUGCGUGCGGCUACUCCCCGGCUGGUGCUAGUGAUGUUGUCUGUGUUGCGGCCAGUACAAACCAAGACGCCAAGGCUUCUUUCUCCAACUACGGAGAAUGCGUAGAUAUCAUUGCCCCUGGCAAAGACAUCAUUGGAGCUGAUGCAGGAACUUCCUCUGGAACUGUUUCUUUGAGCGGUACAUCUAUGGCUGCCCCUCAUGUGGCUGGAGCUGUUGCUUUGUUUUUGGAAACCAACCCGAAUGCCACCCCAGCUGAUGUCAUGGACUGGCUUGUUACAAGCUCGACAAAAGAGGCCAUCUCUGGGUUCCCCGUUGCUCCAGCCCAGUACAAUGCGUUAUGCUGCCUGUUCGGCCUGGACUGCUGCGAAGGGUCUCAACCCGGUACUAACACUCCCAACAGGUUCCUCUAUGUAGGACACGUAUAA